AUGGCUGGCGGUAAGGCUGGAAAGGACUCCGAAAUGGCCAAGACUAAGGCGGUUUCCUGCUCGCAGAGAGCUGGCUUGCAGUUCUCUGUGGGCCGUAUUUAUGGACACCUGAAAUCUAGGACAACCAGCCAGGGACGCGUGGGCGUGACUGCCGCUGUGUACAGUGCAGCCAUCCUGGAGUAG